CAUGAGAAUUGAAGGAGUGUAUAAAGGGCCACACGUUCUUAUAUAUUCUUCCUCUCCGACCUUCUUCCAUAACAUAUAUUAUUCCAUCAUGGAGGCAUAUCUAGCAACGUCGUCGUCUUCGUCGUUUCCACUACGUUCUUUGUCUUCUUCACCUUCUCCUCCGCCUUAUAGCGUAGAAGUUCCUAAAGGGGAGGCGAAAGGCGGGGAGGAGGAAUCGGCCGAUGAGAAGAAGAACAAAAAGAAGGCGAGAUAUGCUUUCCAAACAAGGAGCCAAGUUGAUAUUCUUGACGAUGGUUAUAGAUGGAGGAAAUAUGGUCAGAAGGCUGUGAAAAACAACACAUUCCCCAGGAGUUACUAUAGGUGCACACAUCAAGGAUGUAGCGUAAAGAAACAAGUUCAAAGGUUAUCCACAGAUGAAGGGGUUGUGGUAACUACCUAUGAAGGCGUCCAUUCUCACCCAAUUCAGAAAUCUACUGAUAACUUUGAAAACAUAUUAAGUCAAAUGCAAAUAUAUCCCCCUUUUUGAUCCAUUUCCCCUCUAUGUAUAUGGAGUGUGUGUGUGUCUAUAUAUAUAUAUAGAGAGAGAGAUUUUGGUUCUGGUGAGAAUACGAUCUUAGGAGAGAAAUGAGAAUGAAUCUGGUGCUUUAGA